AAUAUAACAUUGGUUUAGAUGUGUUGAUGUAUCAUAUAUAUCUCAGCAAGCGUUUGGCAGGAAUGUAUCAUUUCUAGGACACAGAAGUCUCAAGGAAAGUAUCAUGGAUAUGCUAGCUUACUAUAUAUUCGAUUCAGUGUAUGAAAUUGAGAUCUAGGUCCUCAUUUAUACCUAGAUUCGUAUUCAUGCAGCCUCCUGAGCUUUUUUCGGACGAAAUGCUGAUAAGUGUGAUGAAAGACUUAUGUCUAAGACGAUUAUGUCUUCAAUCUAACAGCUUAGUUAACACCUUUUUCGAUAAGCAGAGCUAUUAUUAUGUUUCCAUUGUUACAUUAUAGUAUUUUUGCUGAAAGUGAUGUGUAGUUGUUUGUAAGCAAUUGUGAAUCUAACCGUCGUUUACAGCUUUUUAGGUUUAGUGCCUUCUCUCUUACUGUUUGUAUAUUUUUGGUGUGAAUUCAAUACAAGUGAUCUAAUUCAAUCAAAUCACAUACGUUCGAUUGAAAACCGAUUUUUUCGCACGAUGAAGUAGCCUAAUUUGACCAAAAUCUACUUUGAUGUUGCUCGAAUAAUUCCCGUAUUACUCAGACCUUCAUAUGUUUGAUACUAAUAAAUACAUCAUUUGUCAUUUUUCGUACAAACAACUAAAUUCUUACUUUAGCAUUGCUUCUGUUAAGUUGAAAAAUUUACGUCGUUACCAUCUAUAUGGGGAGUGAGAUUUUUUUUAGCAAAUCAGGCUUUGAAAUAUGAUUGACAGACGUACAAUCAAAUGGGUGAGUUAUAAUGUACCGAAACAUAUCAUUAAUAUUUUGGUAAAGUGUGUUGUCAUCACAUAGUAUUUUUUUCGCUUUGCUUGCACUGGAGGAGCAGUUUUGCGUCAUAUGCACGCGAAACCCCUUUUAAAUAUGAUUCUGGGUUUAUGGCUUCCAGAUUCAAGUAGUAUAAUCCUAUACACAUAACGUAAGUUCCUCCCAAAACGUUAAAAUAUUUUUAUCACAUCCAAAUUUGAUGUAGUUAUUAGCUAUGCUUUGCUUAAAGAUGUAACUUCAUAAAUCUAUCGAAAUUAUAUUUGAAACAAAUUUAAAUGCAAUUUCCUUCUGCAAAAAAGAUAGUGUAUCCAAUCUCAAUUUUUCACCAUAUUUAUGAUUAACUUCACUCGUUAUUACAAUGAAAACAUAGAAUAACGCUUGGCAAUACUUGUAGAAUAUGAUAGAAGAUAAUCUGAGAUAUCCGAUUUUGUAAACUUUUUCUUGAUUUAAAUAAUUAAACACCCAUUCAAAAUAUUUGUUAUAUACAUUUAGUGGUUAGUCAUCACUGCACAAUCAAAUACGUUAUGCGUAUAUUUGUUCCAUGAGAUUAAGAGCAAUCUCAGAAGAUCAAGACUGUUGAACCAACGUCUCUAUUCAUGAUAUUAACUUCAUAAAGCUCAUGAAACGACUUAUUUCGAGCAUUUUGUUCACAAUACACGUUAAUAAUCCACCUGAAAUUUCUAUUGUUAAUCUAAGGUUACGGAGGGUACUCUUUGCCUUCACAUUUUUAUUCUGAAUUUAUUAAAUAACUAUCGCUUUAGUAUUUCCAGAUAACAGUAAAUAUUUCUUAUGGAGAACCACCUUCAGCGGUAAUUAUAAAAGUUUUUCUGAAAAUUUCUUUUUGUUGAGAUCAGGUCUUUGUCAGUUGUGGGGUUUACAAAGCAUCAGAAAGCAUAAUAAAAAUUUAUGCAGGGAUUGUGAAAAUUUCUCGAAGCUCCAAACUAAAGUCAAUGCAACAUUAUGUGACGUCUCUUGAUUGUGUAAUUUAUUUAUAACAGUUGAUAUUUACCCAUUGUAAACCACUUCACAAUGUUCUCGACGGUUUGUGUUACUGACCUCUAUCCUUUCAGAGUAAAGAAAUGUUUCGAUUGAGUGAAAUAAAAUUUCGAAGAAUAUCCACAGUAAGAAAUCAAGUCGGGUGAUAGUAUUUAGAGACGAUUCUGUUCUUUCAAAAUUAAGUUUGAUAAGGAUUCAUUGGGCUCUUUUAACUACUUUAUAGCAAAACGACCUAUAAAAAUGCUUUAUUUUGUUCUCCAUAUGAAAUAUUUCUGGACUGAUUAGGUAUUAAUAGGUAUGACUUUUACAUAAUACACUAGAAACCAAGAGUCUGUGUUACGCCAUUACGAUUUAGGGAAAUAUAAUGAAUAACUGAAGAUCUUCUUUGAAACCACAACGAAAAGCUCCUUGCAUAAAAGUUAACUGGGUUUGUAAAAAGGUACAUGGUAUGAAAGCUGAAUGUUCAUAAAUAGUCUCAUCCAGUGAGUAUGAUUUGAGCUACAUCCGAGUGUUUACUUCCGACUUGAUGAAAUAAUCUGUCCAUAGUUUUGUUUCUGAAUAUCGGGUCUAUUGAAUAAAAAUAACUAACGAUGAAGAUGGAUACAUCAGAAUGUUACUAAGAUGUUUUCAGCGUGCGAAGAAACCAUUGACUACGUGAAUGCUUUCUAACCUUCUGUUUGUCGUCAAAAACUGACAGCAAAUGAAGAAACGCCAGAAAUAUAGACCCUGAAAUGGUUAUCGAGUCCUUGAGCAAAACUCGUUUGCAGUACUUCCCGACUACUGGAUAUAUAUCAAGUUUGAACAAAGAAAGUUUCACAAACGACAGUAGCUGAUCAUCACCCUACAUAAUUUGACUUUUGUUGCCUCUAUGAAUAAAACUAACUGCUAAUUCAGCUAGUACACAGUGACCAUCUAAAUAAACGUCUCUAUCAAAUUCCGAAUAAGUUGACAGACGGCACUAAAAUAGCAAUAAAUUGAGAAGGUUUUCAAGGUAAUAUGUUGUGUUUUGAAACCAUUUGUAGAUGUGUUUGACUGAAACAAGCUAUUCAAAUGAUGUAAAUAAUCUGUAGACGUAAAAUAAAAUAUCCUAUUUUCCGGUUAGCUGGUUUGCGGUGAACUAUCAAAAUUGAAUGUAUUUUCUUUCACUAUGAACUGAUUUGACUGGUAGAGAUAUUAAGAACGAAAUCAGAUAAUUCGUCCACUUAGUUCUAGUUUUUAGGGAUUUCCAACACUGCACAUUGACGGUCUUUAGCGCUCGAAGCCACUGUGAUAUCCCUCAGCCAUUAAGUUAGUACCGACUGGUCUAUUCUCAAAAUUGCUUUUCAAUGCUUCCUGGAUACCGACGGUUUUUUACUUUAGUGUUAGUGAAUGUAUCAAAUUACUUUUUGAUGGAUUCAUGAGUCAGUCAAAUAUACUCUGUCGCAAAUGCAGGCUGCUGAAUGGCUAUAAAUGACAAGGUAUUACAUUUCAAUUUGACCCUGUCUCAAAACCCAGAACUUUCAGGUAGUUUCGACUAGCAAAAAUGAGCGUUUAAAGUAUUUCAUAUUUACCACAAAAAAGUUAUUAUUGAAUAGAAAAGUGACUGUAUUCAGCUAUUUUUUGGUUUUUAAUAUUAAAAAUUACCAAAAGUCUUUGUUACACCAAAGUUAAUAGCCUUCUAUUAUGUCAAAGCAUUGGUUUCCUGGCUGACAAAUCUCAAUCUGAAGUGAUCAAUAUGAGUUGCUGAUUUAAACGAAACACAGCUCAAAAACCCAUCACUACUUGACAUUUUAUCCACAAACCAAAAACAAUGGAGGUCAAAGUUUUCUAAAUCUUUUUAUAUAGGCUACGUCGAAGUUUCUUGCUUAAAACUUUAAAACCGAUGUUAUACUCAGGUUAAGUAUGAGUAUAUAUUCCCCAUCAAAUAUAUCAUCCGCUUCUAAGCAAUAUAAAACAUGAAUUAAAUUCAUUCAUAAAUAUGUCCAGCAGAAUAUGUAUACCAAAUCUCGUCUUGCAUCUUUCAACGCUUACCUCCUAUCAGUUGGUCUUAAAAUGAUGUUAUAUGAAGUCAUGUGAAUUAUAUGAUCCAACAGUAAAUCAAUAGAACUCCAUCACAUAUUCAACUGAUCUUUUCAAAUAUAAACUUUUAAAUAAACAAAAAAAGAAGGCGUACUCAUGAAGAAUGAAUAGAACCUAUUUGAAUUUGUCUACUCAUCCAAUAACUUCAACAGUUGAUAAUACUUCAUUGAAUACAAUGUCAACAACAAAAGUUCGUUUCAGUUCAAAUUUAUGUAAUGAUCAUAUAUCGUCAUCAUCAUCAUCAUUCAAAACAAAUUCAAAUAAUUUAUGCGAUGCACCAUCUUCAUCAUCAUCAACUGGUGAUUAUUCAACAUCAUCUGAAUUCAGUAGUACAUCACAUAUUUUGAAAAACUUUACUAUUGGUGAUCGAGUUUUUUUAAGUAGAACAAAACAACAUGGUACAAUUGCAUAUAUUGGACCAACACAUUUUUCCGCUGAAGAUCUUGUCGGUGUUGUAUUAGAUUCCAACUCUGGGAAACAUGAUGGCAGUAUAAACGGAAUACGAUAUUUUCAGUGUCCAGCAAGACGUGGGUUAUUUUGUCCGAUCGGUGACUUGUUCCCAGUGGACCAAAAAAACAUUUUUUCGAGAAAUAGAAUUAGACCUAAUACUAAUUGUGGAGUCAACCAGAAGCUCAAGUUUCAUAUCUCUGACAAACGGGCAUCAUCUAAUUCCUUCUGUAAUCAAUUUGACAGAUAUGACCGUAAACGUCAUUCAUUUAGACUUCCUAAAACAACAGAUAAUGCAUAUUUACAAGAAAGUGGAAAAUUUCAGAGAUCCUGGUCUGAAAGGAGUAGACCUACUAGAAAACUAUGGAAAGAUUCUGAAUUUAGUACCUCCAAUCGAAUUGUUGAACCCUAUGACGUACCAAAGGAAAUAAAAGAUCAUCGAUAUAAUACUCUACCAGAAUAUUCAAAUUACUCUUCAAAUAAUACAUCAUUAUCUAAUUUAUAUUUUAUUCGAACCGGUAGUCUUUCUAAAAUAAAACAAAAUUAUGAAUUAAAAAAAAGUAAUACUAUAUGUGGUAUUAAUUCAGUUUCUUCUACAUCAAAAUUAUAUGAUCAACGUCAUAGAAAUAAUUUAAAUAAUAAUAAUAACAAAUUAGACUUAUUCAAUUCAAUAUAUUCUUCUAAUAAAUUGUCAACAUAUACAUCCAAUUCAUCUUUAUUCAAUGUACAAUUUAGAAAUUCUUUAAAAUUAAUUAAAUUAAAAACUAAAUUAAAUAAAUAUUCUAUUGAACAAUUAAUAAAUAAUAAUUUUAAUAAUAAAAAUUAUCAUUUACAACAGAAUUAUUUAUUGAAUGAAAAUCAAUUAAUUCUUAUGAAUAAUGUUAUUCAUUGUGCACAAGAAAGAUUAAAUGAUUUACAAAAUCAAGUUUUACAAUAUCAUGAAAUGAAUGUGAAAUUAACAAAACAAUUAACAUUUGUUAAAAUAUGUCAGCAAGAAAUUUUGUGUAAACUUGGUGAAGGACUAAAGAAUGAUGUGUGUGAAUCACAGCAAAUAGAUCAACAACAAAAAGAACGAAUUUGUGAAAUUAAACAUAAACUUUUUCUAGAAUAUGAAAGAUUACAAAAUUUGGCAAAGAACUUUUCUGCGCUAAAAAUUACCAAUAUGGAUAUCAUUCCAAAGGUUGUAUAUAAUGGCCAAAAUUGUAAUAAGCAAACUAUUCUAAACAAUUGUUAUAACGAGGAAAAUAGUGUUGUCAUGGCAACUGUUCAUCCUUUUGAAAAAAGUGAUUACAGUAACAAAAUCACUGCUAAUAAUGAUGUUUAUUGUAAAGAUAUAACAUCCAAUAAUAAUGGUGAUAAUCUUAAAAGUCAACUGGAUAAUACUAGUAAUUUACAGGAAAUUAUGAAACUUAGAAAACAAAUACUUAUCAUUUAUGAAUCUUAUCAAUGUCAUUAUCAAGAUGUAUUGAAAAAAUUAAAAACUUAUCAACAUACAUUAAAUGAUCAAAUGUGUGAAAUACGCGAGUGUGAUCUUAACGAAGACUCGCAUUCAUUUUCCCUACCGACCAAAUCAGUUGCUCUAUCCAGCUGUCAUUACAACAUUAACAAUUUGCAUUUAUUUGAUCCAGAGUGUGACGCACAGAAAUCAUUGGACUUUCAUAAAUCAAUUUGUGAGGAACAUAAAAUGCUAUUGAAAGAAGCUAAAAACAAAAAUUACAAACUUUCGAUGGAACUAAGUGUCGUUAAUGCAGAGAUAACACAUCUGAAUGGUCGACCAGAAAUACAACUACAUAACCACCUAAAGAAGUUAGAAUCAUCUAAAACUACCAAUGAUAAUUUACAUCAAACAAUUCAACAUUUAGAAGAACAAAUUGCUAGAGUUCAUAAAGAAUUAGAAGAUGCUAAAAAUAAACUCAAUAAGGAGGACGGUGUACAUAUGGCGCUCAUGCGAAUGAAUCUUCGAAUUCAUCAAUUAAAGCAAAUGGAAAUCAAAGCCCAUAGUCUCAAAAACGAUCAGUGCAUGAGUAUAAAAACAAAAGAAAAGGAACUAACAGAGACAAUUAAUAAAAUGGAUUUAUUGUCCGAAGUCUGGGCUAAUGAAAGGCAAGUCAAAAUUGAGACAAUUCGGAAAUUACGCGAAAAUCUUAAAUUUCUGUCAAACAAAUCUCCAAAAGUCCAUAUAACGGAUAAAGCAAUUCGAAUACAGUAUACUGACAGCAUAAACAAUAAUGGUGAACAAAUACCAGACACACAAGAACCUCACCUACCAUACUCGUUAUUUAGUGCUUUAUGCAAAGAAAUACGCCGUUUACAAUCUCGUUCGGUCAGUCUUGUAGAAGCAUUAGACUUAUUGAGCACAGGAAGUUACAAUUCAGAAAAACUUGAUCACAUUAAAAAUUUAGUAUUUUCUUCAAACCAAACAAAAAAUACAUACACCAUAAAUUGGAAGAACAUGCCUUUGAACAAUGUCGGCACUAAUAUCAAAAGGAAUAUGGACACAAGACCAUUUAACACUGUUCGAUCUAUCAAACAGCGUAAUAAUGGAACUGUAUCAUCGAAUGCCCAUUCACCUAAAAGAAUUCCAGGUGUUUCCGUAGCUUCUCGUCAUAGUAAACAUGUAACAAUCAGUGAUAAUCGCAGGCAAAGAAUUUCAUCAUACAAAAAUUAUUCUGAUGGUAAUUCUAAACAUUUGUCAGUACACGAAUCAGUUAAUGAAAAAACAGUCUAUCCUAACCCACCAACUAGUUUACAAGUAGAAAAUUCAGUCCCACCAUUGCAACAGCGACAUGAACAACAACAAGAUCUAGUGCAAGAAGAAAAAGAUGAAUGUCUACACCAACUACAAGAACAACAGCUCUUUUAUCAUUAUAAUUUACCGAUUUCUUUCAGUCCGCGUGUACAACGCCGCCCAGUUUCGUUUUAUUUAAGUCGAAAUAUAGAUAAAUUUGUAAAAUUGCCAAUUCCAGAAGCUGAUGAAGAAGAGCAAACUGACGAUGACGAAGAAAACAUUAGUGAAGUAAUGGAUGAAGAUGAUGACGAGGAGGAGCAGUACGAGGAAAGGAACGAAAACGUAGGAGAAGUACAAGAUAAAAAUAAAGAGCAUUGUAAUAAUCAUAUUGGGUCCCAUAACCAUGAAGGGAUUGGGGUAGAAACAUCCUAAAAAACAAACAUUGUAUUAAUCAGUAAACAGUCUUGACCGCAAACAUAUUUUCUUAAACUUUUAUUUGUAAAAUUCGUUCAUAAUUGAAUAUUAAUAUAAUACUCAAUCGUUUUGUAUCAAUCAAACUUAAGACCUAAUAACCUGUGUACAAUAAACUCACAUUCCUUUUUAUUACAUUGUAACAUUAAUGUAUUAUUUACAAGCCACUUUACGUCUAUAUUAAUCAAAACCUUACUGUAAUAACCAAAUAUUACGUGAAUCGAACAAAAAAGGCUGUGUAUAUGAACAAUAAAACACAAUUCUGUUUUCAUAUUACAUACAUGUAAACAAAUGAGUUUUAUAUCUUCACCAUCUGUACCACUCUCAGAAUUCUCAAUAUAUAGGAAUUCCUUUCAUCUCUUGAGUUUCAAUUGUUUAUACAGCUCAUUCAGAAGAUGUAACUAUUUUUUUAUCUAUUAAUUACUUUAUAUUCUUCAUUCAUUCUUCCCUUAUUUUAGAUUUUAUUCUGUGCCCACUAAUGCACACAUUGAUUUCAAUGAUUUACUCCUAUUUCUUAUGUCCAAGAUUUAUUUUUCUCUGAAUCCUUACUUUAUCCUAACACUUUUUGCUCACUUCCUCGUCGACAGUAAUUCUUUUUCUAUAUGUUGUACAAAUAAAAAAACACUGUCAUUAAACACAAUUUAUCGUGUUGUAGACAGCAAGCUCAAUAGUUAUUAAUUCAUAAUUAUAUAAACAUAUAUUUUUUCUAAAUAUACUGUUACCAAAUUACUAUUAUUGUUUUGAUGGAAUAAACUGUGCCCUUCAACUUUGUGAUUUUCAUUUUCUUCUAAAAACACUAAACUACUUUGAAACUAAGCUGUGGUCUACACACAGUUGAUAAACAUUGAAAUCUCCAAGUAUGGUGGAACUAUUGUUUCUCAAUCAUACAAUCGGUGUUUAAAAGUCCGCUCGUCUGUGUUUGCAAUGAUGAAUUUGCUACACCUGUAACUACUUCGGGGAUCCUAGAAAUUUUUAUCAAAUUUUCCUCCUUACCUAACAUGAAAAUCAUUUCCUUGCAUACAAACCAAAGCUCAAUACCAGUUGUGAAGUUAUUGGCUUUUGUUUAAUAUUACUCAGACUAGAUCUCUGUUAAAGUAGGAAGUUCUCUUAUAAACAGGUUUCUGUUUUCUAGCUUACGUUUCACAUAAAUAUUUCUUAACCUGAAGUAUGAAUAAUGUUAUCGUUCAUUUGUCCUCUAAAUUGUCACAUGGAAACACACAUUAAACUAACACAAAAUUUUUUGAAUAAAAAUUAAAGUAUUGUGAAAUCCAGUCCCAAAAUCCGAUGGUUAUCCGAAUUAAUUUUCAUUAAACUGAUUAUUCUCAUAGAUUUUCAAAAAUUAUUGUUGAUUUUUAAAACAUUUUCUCGGGAUUUAUUUCAAUGUUGUAUCAGUUACAAAUGAACAUUAUAAAAAGCAGAAUUGAUCACUUAUUUCACAGACAUGAAUAACGAUUUAAAAAAUUGCUCAAAAUCUAUUAAUCUG